AUGGCUAUGGGUGGAGUAUCUUUAGAAACAAAGUUCCAUGUAUUAGCAGUUGAUGAUAGCAUCAUUGACAGAAAGUUGAUUGAAAGACUCCUCAAGACAUUUUCUUAUCAAGUUACUAUUGUGGAUUCUGGAGUAAAGGCUCUUGAGUUUCUGGGGCUGCUGGAUGAUGAUGACAAUGGAAGCAUUGAUUCUACCUCUACUUCUAUGACACGAAAUCAUCAUGACAAAGUCAAUUUAAUUAUUACAGAUUACAGUAUGCCCGGAAUUACUGGUUAUGAUCUCCUGAAAAAGAUCAAGGAAUCUAAGUCAUUAAAGAACGUCCCAGUUGUGAUAAUGUCAUCAGAAAAUGUUCCAUCGAGGAUUAACAGUUGCUUAGAGAACGGAGCAGAAGAAUUCUUCCUGAAACCAGUUCAAAAAUCUGAUGUUAAUAAACUUAGACCUCACUUAUUGAGAGGAAUGCUUUGA